UUUGAAAGCCCAGCUUGGGCGUAGGAACUUGAAGCAUAGCCAUUGUGCCUGCAUGGAAUACAACUUAUUAGUCUAAGAGUUCCGUCCCGCACCAAACCAAGAUUUUUUCGCCCUCUCUUCCCGUCGUGCCGAAACUCUCCCAACUUCUUCAAAACUCUGAGGAGCCCAUCUACAAAUAAUGCAUCUGUCGCUGCUACGCUGGCGGCUCCUCGCAGCGGUGGCGUUCGUCACGGCGGUGGCGGGCCAGACAUGUUACUGGCCCAACGGCGUCGAGGCGAAGCAGGCGGUAGCCUGUCCCGUGGCCGGCGGCACCGAGGUCGCGGCGUGUUGCUUCCAGAAUCAUUAUUGCAUGAGCAACGGCCUCUGCUUCUCGCAGACGGAGCUGAGCUUCUACCGCGGCGCGUGUACGGAUCAGAACUGGUCGAGGAGCGGGUGUCCAAAGUAUUGCGACAAGGAGGAGAUUACCGGCGGAGUUCCCGGCCGGCAUUGCGGUGUCGCAUUAUGCGGCGACAACAAGUUCGCAUGCCAGAACUCCGGCAACUGCGCAAACUACACCUUUGGCGUCCCCGCAGGCCAGAUGCUGCUUAACGAGUACCUGAAAUCAGACCUCGGGGACCUCGCGACAACGACGGUGACCGCGACCGCGGCAGCAGGAGGACAGAGCACCGGGACCGCCGCAACGUGUUCCGCGACGGCGGCAGAGUCCAGUAUCAGCAACGGGAUCUCGACGGGAGCGGCGGCGGGAAUCGGGGUGGGCAUCGGCGCGCCGCUGGCGCUGGCGAUCGCGGCGCUAACCGUCAUGUUGUUUCGCGAGAAGAGGAAGACGAGGGCGGCGCUGUCGAGCCAGAUAGAUUCCUCUGGGACCGGCCCGUCGUCGCCGUGGGCCAAGUCGGAGCGGACGGCGUAUGUGCCGGUUGAGAUGCAUGGACAGCCGGUACCGAAUGAGUUAUCUAGUAACCACGAUAGGAGACACGAGCUUUCUUGAUGUUUGGUGCUUGAGGAUGGAUGAAGCGUUAGGUGGUGUGAAUAUUCGAGUAGAAAUGCGUUUCGCGGAUUUUGAAAGUGCAAGAUUAUCUAGCCAAAUCUAUGAAAUCCAUGAA